AGCAUCCAUGAAAAUGGCAAAAACUGCGAGAGGGCAGAGAGAAAAGAAAGUUUGUGAAAUAUUAGAACGAUGGGAGCGGUUGAAUUCAAGCGACCAAAUGAAAAGAAGAAUAACAAUUCACAAGGGCUCUACAAAAGGGUGUAUGAAGGGAAAAGGAGGGCCUGAAAAUGGGCGGUACAAUUACAGAGGCGUCAGACAGCGUACGUGGGGUAAAUGGGUUGCUGAAAUCAGAAAGCCCGAGAGAGGUAAGCGUCUUUGGCUUGGUACUUUCGACACGGCCCAUGAGGCUGCUCUUGCAUAUGACCGUGCCGCUCUAAUCAUGUAUGGAUCUUUUGCCCGCCUCAAUAAUCCUCCACCUCUUCCUCCUCCAUCUGAGAAUUCAAGUAAUGACUUAAAUUCAAGUACAGAUGGCUGCACUACUUUUGACAUUCAGCAAGGCGAGCUACGUGAGAUUAAUAUAGAAGAGAUUAUGAUGAUGUUUGAUGAAGGAGGAGAUGAGAAAUCGGCUACCGACCUUCCUGCAUCUCUUUUAGACCAGAUUAGUUUGUAAAAUUACAUGGGAAUUCUAUUUUAUGGUGAUCCCUCAUGAUUGUUACUGCAUUCUAUUCAAUGUUUUUCUUCAUUUUUUGUCUACAGCAGAGAAUUUACCGUCAGACAAUGUCAGAGAAAUUGAUUAUUGUGGUCGUU